AUGCAUGUGAUAAGGAGUCAUUUGGGUUAUAAAUAUACAACAGGUCCCACUCUCUCAGUCCCUCACCAACCAGAUAUAUCAUGUCUUGCCUCUUCUUCACAAAAUCUAAACGAUUUUUCAUUUUAUUUUUACUUCAUUCACCAUUUUUUCCUUUCUCAAUUUUCCAUUAACCUCUGUUUUUCCUUUCUCCCAUUCCCUCUUCGUUUUCCCUUUCUCCCAUUCCCAACUGUCCUUUCAUUCCUCUUCGUUUUGCUUUUCUCCCAUUCCCUCUUCGUUUUUUCCUUUUUCCCAUUCCCUCUUUUCCAUUUUCCUUUCUCCCAUCCCUCUUCGAAUUUUUUCCCAUUCCCUUUCCCUUUUUCUUCGUUUUUCCUUUUUUUUUUUAUGACUUUUUCCUUUCUCCAUUCCAUCUUUUUUCCUUUUCCCAUUCCCUCUUCUUUCCUUUUUCCCAUCCAUUUUUCUUUUUUUUCCUUUCUCCCAUUCCUUCCCUCCCCAUUUUUUCGUUUUCCUUUCUCCCAUUUUCUUUUUCCUUUCUCCCACCUAUUUUCUUCCUUUCGUUUUUCCUUUCCCCAUUGUUUUCUUUUUCCUCCUUUCUCCCAUUCCCUCUCCAUUUUUUCGUUUUUCCUUUCUCCCAUUCUCCAAUUUUUUUCAUUCCUCCCUCCCCAUUCUCCUGUUUUUUUUUCUUUCUUUUUCCUUUCUGCAUUUCUUCGUUUUUCCUUUCUCCCAUUUUUCAUUUUUUCUUUUUUUUUCUCCUUAAUUUUUCCUUUUUACAUUCCCUCUUCCUUUUUUUCUCCCAUUCCCUUUUCAUUUUUCCUUUCUCCCAUUCCCCUUCGUUUUCCUUUUAUUUUUUUUCACCCCAUUUUUUCCCAUUCCUCUUCCUUUUCUCCCAUUCUCCUUUCUUUCUUUCGUUUUUCCUUUCUCCCAUUCCCUCUUCGUUUUUCCUUUCUCCCAUUCCCUCUUCGUUUUUCCUUUCUCCCAUUCCCUCUUCGUUUUUCCUUUCUCCCAUUCCCUCUUCGUUUUUCCUUUCUCCCAUUCCCUCUUCGUUUUUCCUUUCUCCCAUUCCCUCUCCUCUUUCCACUACAUAUUUGUUUUGACCCUUCUAUAUUAAAGAUGAUUGAGAUUCUCAGCAAUUUCUUUCGGUCUGUGAUAGCCCUGUCACCAGAUGAUCUACUCUGUGCUGUUUAUUUGUGUCUGAACAAAUUGGCUCCGGCCUAUGAAGGUGUAGAACUUGGAAUUGGAGAGACAGUGCUCAUGAAAGCUAUCGCACAAGCAACAGGUCGCAGUAUUGACAAAAUCAAAAUUGAUUCCCAAGAGAAAGGAGACUUAGGAAUCGUUGCUGAGCAUCCAAUCUCUCUCUCACCCUCUUUUCCUAAAGCUUUUCCUCCUCUCUCUCUCUCUCUCUCUCUCACAGAUGUUUUGUUUAGCUUUUUCCUGUCUCUCUCUAGUCUUUCUCUCUCUCUCUUAAAAAAAAUUUUGUUCCUUCAACUUCCUGUCUCUCUCUCUCUUACAGUCACAGAUGUUUUGUCCCUUCCAUCCGUCUCUCUCUCGCAGAUUGUUCCUUCCUUCCUAUGUUUUCUUCUCUUCUCUCUCUCUCUCUCUUUGUCUCUCUCUCUCUCUCUUAUAAGAUAUUUUGUUUUUCCAUCCUGUCUCCUCUCUCUCUCACAGAUGUUUUUGUUCUUCCAUCAUUUGUCUCUCUCUGGGUUUCAUUAUGUUUUUUUCCUUCCUUCCUGUCUCUCUUUUUCAAAUGACAACAGAGUUUUUGUUCCUUCCAUCCUGUCUCUCUCUCUCUCUCUCACAGAUGUUUUGUUCCUUCCAUCCUGUCUCUCUCUCUCUCUCACACAUGUUUUGUUCCUUCCAUCCUGUCUCUCUCUCUCUCUCUCUCUCUCUCACAGAUGUUUUGUUCCUUCCAUCCUGUCUCUCUCUUCCAAUAUCUCUCCACAGACUUUUUGUCAUCCUUCCUUUGUCUCUCUCUCUCUCUCGCAGAUGUUUUGUUCCUUCCAUCCUGUCUCUCUCUCUCUCGCAGAUGUUUUGUUCCUUCCAUCCUGUCUCUCUCUCUCUCUCUCUCUCUUUAAAUUCCUUUCAUCUCUCUCUCUCUCUCUCAGUUCAUCCUUUCUCUCUCUCUCUUCCAUCCUCCUCUCUCUCUCUCUCAGCCAGUUCCUUCCAUCUUGUCUCUCUCUCUCUCUUUCUCUCUUCAUCCAUCUCUCUCUCUCUCUCCUUUCUCUCUCUCUCUCUCAUCUCUCUCUCUCCUUCCAUCCUGUCUCUCUCUCUCUCUCUCAGACGUUUUGUUCCUUCCAUCCUGUCUCUCUCUCUCUCUCAUUUUUUUCUCUCUCUCUUCCAUCCUGUCUCUCUCUCUCUCUCUCUCUCCAGUUCUUCCUUCCAUCUCUCUCUCUCUCUUUCUCUCUCUUCUCUCUCUUUGUCUCUCUCCAUCCUUCUCUCUCUCUCUCAUCAUUUUUGUUCCUUCCAUCUCUCUCUCUCUCUCUCUUCAGUCUGUUUUGUUCUCUCUCCAUCCAUCCCUCUCUCUCUCUCUCUUUCAUCCAUCAUUUUUCUUCUCUCUCCAUCCUUCCUCUCUCUCUCUCUCUCUCUCUCUGUUUUCUUCCUUCCAUCCUGUCUCUCUCUCUCUCUCUCUCUUUUGUUUUCAUCCUUCCAUCCAUUCUCUCUCUCUCUCUCUCUCUCUAUUUUUUUCAUCUCUCCAUCCAUUCUCUCUCUCUCUCGCAGAUGUUUUGUUCCUUCCAUCUCUCUCUCUCUCUCUCUCUCAGAUUUUCUAUUCCUUCUCAUCCUUCUCUCUCUCUCUCAUCUUCCUUCCAUUUUCUUCCUUCCAUCCUUCUCUCUCUCUCUUCUCUCUCUCAGAUUUUUUUUCCUUCCAUCCUGUCUCUCUCUCUCUCUCUCAGAUUUUUGUUCCUUCCAUCCCUUUCUCUCUCUCUCUCUCUCCUUCCAUUUUGUUCCUUCCAUCCUUCUCUCUCUCUCUUCUCUCUCUUUCUUCCUUCCAUUCUGUCUCUCUCUCUCUCUCUCUUUCUCAGAUUUGUUUUGUUCCUUCCAUCCUCUCUCUCUUUCCAUCUUUGUUUGAUUCAUUUGUUCUCUCUUUCCUUUGUCUCUCUCUCUCUCUCCAUGUCUUUUCCUUCCAUCCUGUCUCUCUCUCUCUCUCUCUCUCUUUCUUUGUUUUUUCCAUCCUUCCAUCCUGUCUCUCUUCCAUCAUCUUUCUCUUUCAAUUUUGUUCCUUCCAUCCUUUCUCUCUCUCUCUUUCCUUCCUUUGUUUUUUCCUUCCCCCCUCUCUCUCUCUUCCAUCCUUAUUUUUUGUUUCCUUCCAUCCUCUCUCUCUCUCUCUCUCUUCCAGAUUUUUGUAUCUUUCCUUCCAUGUCUCUCUCUCCUAUAGAUUUUUUUUCCUUCCUGUCUCUCUCUCUCUCACAGACGUUUUGUUCCUUCUGUCUCUCUCUCUCUCUCACAGAUGUUUUUGUUCCUUCCAUCUCUCUCUCUCCAGAUUGUUUUGUUUCUCCUUCUCUUUCCUUCUUGUCUCUCGUUCUUUCUCUCUUUCAGAUGUUUUUUUCUUCCUUCUCUCUCUCUCUCUUUUAUUUGCGUCAGAUUGUUUUUUCCUUCCUUCCUUCCAUUCUCUCUCUCUCUCAUUCUUUUCUAUAUUCUUUUGUUCCUUCCUUCCUCUCUCUCUUUCAGAUUUUUCUUCUUUCUCUCUCUUCUCCUCAGAUUUUCUUUCUGUCCUUCUCUCUCUUCUUCUUUCCAUCUCUCUUGUAUAUUCUUUCUCGUCCUCUCCUUCUUCCUUUUUUGUCUUCUCUCUCUCUCUCUCUCUCUCUCCCUUGCUUUGUUCUUAAUCUCUUCUUUUUACAUUCUUGUUUGUCUCUUCUUUCUCUCUCUCUCUUUCAUCCUCUCCUUCCAAUUCUAUAUUUUUACUUUUUCCCAUUGACUUUUCACCCUUUCUGUUUCCAAGCUCAGACCUCUUUUUCCUUCCAAAUAUUUCUGUACAUUUUCCUUUCAUCGUUCCUUCAAAGUUUCCCUUCCCGUGUUUAUGAAUUCUCUUCUAGAAUUUCUUCUCAACUCUUGGCCUUUUGUUCCAAGCCAAUUCAAAUGUGUGUCUCAAUUUGUUUUUUCCAUCAUUCAUUCUUUCUAUUCUCUUUACCUGUUUUUCAAAUCAAAAAGAAUUCAAUUCUUUUGGUCUUUCAUUUUUUUUCUCUCGUUUCUUUUGUCUAUCAUCAUCCAGAUUACUCCAAAAGUGUCUUUUAUUCCAUUAUUGGCAAUGUAUAUAUAUUUAGGUUCAUCUUUCUUUUUUUAGAUGAUUAA